GGGUUAUUUUUCUUCCUUUGAUAAAAUAAAUGUAAACACAUGUCACAUGGGAGAUUCGGAUUAUUCGCAAUCUCCACACUCAGUUAAGUAGACAAGUAUGAUUAUCAACAGAUAUAUUCAAAUCUAGAUCUAGAAUGUUUUCUAGCUGUUGUUUCUCCAACAUUCAUUUCAAGUUUAGUCUCCAACAGUGCACAAACUAGAGCACACCUUCUGCACUAGCUUGGAUGGUUGAGUGCAAAGCAGUUCUACGGCCAUGAGUGAUGAUGGAUGUCUUGCUGAUUUCAACUCUUCUGCUUUGGGCACUCAAGAAUACUGGGAUGAAGCCUAUAGCAGAGAGUUGAAAAAGUAUAAUGAAGUGGGAGAUGUUGGAGAAAUAUGGUUUGGUGAAGAAGCCCAAGAUAGAAUGGUCAAUUGGCUAAUGAAAUCAGGGCGUUCUUUGAGUGACCAUAUUUUGGAUAUAGGCUGUGGUAAUGGAAUGCUUCUUCUUGCUUUACGAGAAGAGGGAUUUUCAAAUUUAACAGGCAUAGACUAUUCUGAAAGUGCAAUACAGUUAUCCAGAAGUAUAGCAGAAAAACAUGGUUCUACAGAUAUAAUAUUUCAAGUUAGUAGUAUAUUGAAUCCUGAUGAGAUUGCCACUCUUACCAAAAAGCAUCUUUAUGAUGUUUGUCUGGAUAAAGGUACAUAUGAUGCUAUUAGUCUUCGAGAUGUCAGUCAGCCAGAUGACAACAAAAUUUACUGUCAAAAUAUUAAAACAUUAUUAAACAAAGAUGGUAUUCUUAUUAUCACUUCUUGCAACUGGACACGUGAGCAGUUGGAGUUACAAUUUAGACAUGAAUUUGAAUUAGUUCAUGAACUUCCAGCUCCUAAGUUUACUUUUGGUGGUAAAACAGGUCAAACUGUCACAACACUUAUUUUGAGGAGAAGAGAUGAUCUAAAAUAAC